GAUCUCGGCCUAGGUUGGAAGAUGCCGCGCCACGGAUUGUCGAACACCCCUCAGACCUCAUUGUUUCCAAGGGCGAGCCCGCCACAUUGAACUGCAAGGCCGAAGGUCGGCCGACCCCUAUGGUGGAGUGGUACAAAGAUGGCGAGAGAGUCGAAACGGACCGUGAGGAUCCACGCUCCCAUCGCAUGCUCCUCCCCAGCGGUUCCCUCUUCUUCCUCCGAAUCGUUCACGGAAGACGCAGCAAGCCUGACGAAGGAGUAUACGUGUGCGUAGCGAGAAAUUACUUGGGCGAAGCCGUCAGCCGUAAUGCCUCUUUGGAGGUCGCAAUUCUCCGGGAUGAUUUCCGACAGACCCCCAGUGAUGUGGUGGUGGCAGCAGGGGAGCCGGCAGUGAUGGAGUGCAUCCCUCCACGGGGCCACCCAGAACCCACUAUCUCCUGGAAGAGGAACAACGUGAAAGUGAACGACAAGGACGAGAGGAUAACGAUCCGUGGAGGGAAGCUGAUGAUCUCAAACACAAAGAAGAGCGAUGCAGGAAUGUAUGUGUGUGUCGGCACUAAUAUGGUUGGAGAGAAGGACAGUGACCCCGCCGAGCUUGUAGUGUUUGAGCGGCCCAUGUUUGUACGCAGACCUGUGAAUCAGGUGGUCCUCGCUGAUGACACGGUGGAUUUUCAGUGUGAGGUUCAGGGAGACCCUACUCCCACCAUACGCUGGAGGAAAGAGGAAGGAGAACUGCCUCGGGGAAGGUUUGAGAUCCGUGCCGACAACAGCCUGCGUCUUACUCAGGUGAAGGCUGAAGAUGAAGGCUCGUACACCUGUUUAUCUGAGAACAGCGUGGGCAAAGCCGAAGCAUCCGGAACACUUCAGGUUCACGUGGGCCCAUCUCGUAAGUACCAUUCCAUUUCAUUCCUCUGCAUGCGUGUGCUUGUGCUUCACAUGUUUCUGAGGCUGUGAUUGGUUGUGACAAGGUUAAGAUCCUGCAUUCAUCUCUUGU